AUGGACAUGAGCCUCGAGCACUCGAGCUCUCCCUCCUCCUCAUCCACUACCGAGCGCGCCGGGACGGCGUGGCCGUGGCCGCCGAAGCGCCCCGCGGGCCGCACCAAGUUCCGGGAGACGCGGCACCCCGUGUUCCGCGGCGUGCGCCGCCGUGGCAGCGCCGGCCGGUGGGUCUGCGAGGUGCGCGUGCCCGGGGAGCGCGGCACGCGCCUCUGGCUUGGGACGUACAUCACGGCCGAGGCGGCCGCGCGAGCGCACGACGCCGCCAUGCUCAUGCUCCGGGGCCGCUCCGCCGCGUGCCUCAACUUCCGGGACUCCGCGUGGCUGCUCGCGGUGCCGCCCGCAUUCACCAACCUCUCUGACGUCCGGCGCGCGGCCGUCCAGGCCGUCGCGGACUUCCUGCGCCGUCCGGAGGCCAACAGUGCCGCUGCCGCGGUGCAGGAGGUCACCUCCAGCGUGUCCGCCCCGUCGUCGGCGGUGUGCAGUGUGCCCUCGUCAGAGACGGCGCAGGCUUCCCCUGAUGCCGCUUUUGAGGCGCCGGCCGCACUGGACAUGGACGUGUUUGACCUCGACUGCUUGUUUGGGGAAACGGACUCCGACGCGUACUACUACGCGAACCUUGCGCAGGGCCUGCUCAUGGAGCCACCGCCGACUGUGGCCACCGGGUCGUACUGGGACAAUGGAGACUGCGCCGACGGCGGAGCCGGAGCUGAUGUCGCGCUCUGGAGUUACUAG